AUGGACGGGCAUAAUCAGAACCAGUACCAGAAUCAGAAUCAAAUUCAGCAGUCACAACAACCACCUCUGAAGAAAUAUGUGACACAGAGACGAUCGGUAGACGUGAGUUCUCCGUAUAUUAACCUAUAUUACAACAGACGACAUGGAUUACCGAACCUAGUGGUAGAGCCAGAAACUUCAUACACAAUAGAUAUAAUGCCGCCUAAUGCCUACAGAGGUCGAGAUCGAGUCAUAAAUUUGCCCAGCAAAUUUACGCAUUUAAGCUCGAAUAAAGUGAAACAUGUGAUACCCGCCAUCCAAUGGACCCCAGAAGGCAGAAGACUUGUAGUAGCAACUUAUAGCGGAGAAUUUUCUCUAUGGAACGCAUCUUCGUUUACGUUUGAAACCCUCAUGCAAGCACAUGAUUCGGCUGUGACUACAAUGAAAUAUUCUCACGACAGUGAUUGGAUGAUUAGUGGGGACGCAGAUGGAAUGAUUAAGAUAUGGCAACCAAACUUUAGUAUGGUUAAAGAAAUUGAUGCUGCACACACGGAAAGUAUUAGGGAUAUGGCAUUCAGUAGUAACGACUCGAAAUUUGUUACCUGUUCAGAUGAUAAUAUCUUGAAGAUUUGGAACUUCAGCAAUGGCAAACAAGAAAGAGUAUUAUCGGGGCACCACUGGGACGUGAAAAGUUGUGAUUGGCAUCCCGAGAUGGGGUUAAUUGCCUCCGCAUCUAAGGACAAUUUAGUAAAACUGUGGGAUCCGCGUUCCGGAAACUGCAUAUCAUCAAUUCUGAAGUUCAAACAUACUGUCUUGAAGACGCGAUUUCAACCCACCAAGGGAAAUCUAUUAAUGGCGAUUUCAAAAGAUAAAUCGUGUCGUGUGUUCGACAUUAGAUACAGUAUGAAGGAACUAAUGUGUGUAAGAGAUGAAACGGAUUAUAUGACACUAGAAUGGCACCCAAUAAAUGAAUCUAUGUUCACUCUGGCGUGCUAUGACGGCUCGCUAAAGCAUUUUGAUCUUUUACAAAAUCUAAACGAACCUAUUUUGACUAUUCCAUACGCCCAUGAUAAGUGUAUCACCUCGUUAUCAUAUAAUCCAGUAGGACAUAUAUUUGCCACAGCAGCUAAGGAUAGAACCAUAAGAUUUUGGACUAGAGCGAGGCCAAUUGAUCCUAAUGCAUAUGAUGAUCCAACUUAUAACAAUAAGAAGAUAAAUGGAUGGUUUUUUGGCAUCAAUAACGACAUCAAUGCUGUGAGAGAGAAGAGUGAAUUCGGUGCGGCCCCGCCACCACCAGCUACACUUGAACCACAUGCGUUACCAAACAUGAAUGGAUUCAUCAACAAGAAACCGCGUCAAGAAAUCCCAGGCAUCGAUUCAAACAUCAAGAGUUCCACAUUGCCAGGUUUAAGCAUAUAA